GAUCAGUCACAUUCCGGUCGUCCUUUAGCCUGGCUGCCGUGGCUCAGUGUGUGGCGUGCCUGCGUGUCGAUGAGCUAGAUGAGGUACGUGUGUGUGAUCCUCGGGGUACACUGCCUGACGAGCACCACCACCACACUCACACUCCUCCACACGUACACCGCCUCUCGGUGGAACAAUCUGAUGAGUGGAACAAUCUGACGAAGGCAGGGGCCUUGUCGUGUAUGCGCCUUGCAGAGAGGUUGAGGGCAAGGGAGGCACAGUUCGUUUUGGGGGGAAGGGAGGUAAAGUACUUACCCGACUUUGGGGCGGAGUACCUGCGCUGUCACGGCUACGGCCACCUGGCUGACCUGCAGCAGGCCCUGGAUACCAUCUGGGGCCGAGAGGACAUGCAGGGUGAGGCGGACAGCCGCACAGCCACACAUCCAUCCAUCCAUCAGCUCCCUCUGUCUCAUAUGGCUGUAUUCGAUGCGUGUUGUCUUCUGCCUUUCGUCAGGCGUCCAGAAGACCAUCCAGCUGCUGUUCUACUACCCCACCAUCAGCCACACCGUCGGCGACCACACCCGCCCCCUGCACACCUUGCUCGCCUGGGCACGGAAGCUGGGCGUGUCCGUCGAGUGCCGGCUCAAGCGCCAUCCCCUGCACAAGGAUGACGAGCCCUCCAUGAGAGUGGACUGCAGCGAGGAGGUGUCGAGCGCUUCCCCUGCUGUGGCUGACCUUGUGGCUGACGUGGUCCAGCAGCUGGCGCCACAGGCAACAAAGGUGAGAAGACAGCGACAUACACGGACUGAUCCAAAGGCUCACUUGUGAUGGUGUGUAUGUAUCCUAUUCCCUUUUUCAGGUGGAUCUCCGCUGCGGUGGCACGCCUCUCCAUGAGUCGUGGAAGUCGCUCCCGACCUUCCCCAACGCCAAGACGCUGUACAUCGAUGCCCCUCAGAAGCUGCUGGCCAACAGCAUCUCCCCAUUCGUGCUCGAGAUCGACCAGAAGGACGGCAACGACAAACGAUUCCCAGCCGUCGAGCACCUCGACAUCGGAUUGAGGCGUUUGUCUCUCGGCCCCAACACAGACACACUCCUAGCCAGCCUGGGCGACCCCACCAGCCCACUCACUACACUGCUAGGCAGCCUGCGUCGUGUCAGAUCAGUCACAUUCCGGUCGUCCUUUAGCCUGGCUGCCGUGGCUCAGUGUGUGGCGUGCCUGCGUGUCGAUAAGCUAGAUGAGGUAUGUGUGUGUGAUCCUCGGGGUACACUGCCUGACGAGCCCCACCACCACACUCACACUCCUCCACACGUACACCGCCUCACUCUGAAGGGCUGGCCGGUGCCGCCCUCCUCACUAUGGGGAGCUAGAGGGGGAUAAUCUAGAGGAGGUCCUCUCUAGAAAGCUUGCGCCCGGCACCAUGGGCUGCAGGCGCUCGGUGUCGAGUGCUUCAGACAGGUGUAGGGCUCAUAUGACUGCCUCACUUAGAUAGACACAGAGUGUGAGGUGGAUUGUGACGAAGACAGGACUUACUUUAGCUCACUGCAAGUCAGGCUCAGUCUGCAGGCCAUGACGCCAGGUGGGGUGGACAAGGAAGUGACUGACUGACUGAGUGAGUGUUGGGGUGGCUGUUGGGUCGAGAAAGAGCCGCCCGAUGCAGGCAGGCAGAGUGUUGAUACGCGCUUACAUGCAAUGCCUUCACUUCAUCGCCGGUGGGUCGGUGGGCCAUGCCGUGUUUUUCAAGCGGAUGCAUGUGCUGUGUUGUGUUGUGUGUGAUCGAUCAACACAGCGCAGCACACCACUCGUGCGCACGUGUCAUGCAUGCCCAAGUCCCCUCCCUACUUGCUUGGUCAGACAGACAGACAGACACACAUCUCUCCUGCCAGGGCUGCCUGGCUGGCUGCCUCCGUGACCUGGCCCACUUUGUCGACCGAUUGCACGGUGCAUUCAUUGGAUGGCUGGCGACUUACUAUGCACACAUACACACAUAAAUGGGUUGGCCGUCACCAUUUUAUGCAUUCGUCAGACCUGCCUGCCUUGCCUGCCUGGAUUUUUGCCUCCUCCAUGUUCCGUCGGACGGAUGGCGACUUACUUGCGGGCUGUUCACACACACCAUAUACAUACAUCAAUGUGUUGUCUGUCUCCGUGGGUGCUGGUGCCAUGCAUUGCUGUGGAUGCCACGCUUGUGCCGUGCCUGCCUUUCUGCGUGCAUACAUAUGCACUCUGCUGAUGAAUUCGAUGGACAUGGCGGGCGGCCCCACGGCUGUCUGGGGAGGGAACAAGGGCGAAGGGAGAGGUGGGUCGGGGGAUGUGUGUGAAUGAUAGCCACGCUCUCUCCUCUCUCCUCUCUCCUGUUGCUGAUGCGUAGCCAUGCAAACGGGCGGGCCAUGCAGAUGAGAGAUGGAUGGCGGGAAGGACUAGGCGGCCAGGCGCCAGGUGGGCAAGGCAAGGAGGGCAGGCAGGUUUUGAUCAACGAAAGUACCGGUGCGCAAGCAUCGCUGUCGCUGCCCCUCUCUGCCAACCUUCCUGCCUUUCUGCCUGCCUACUUGCCUCACCUUGUGGACACAUUACACGGUGAAUGCAUUAGAUUAGAUGCAUGUCGACUUGCUUGUGGACUCUCUACGUGUGUCAGUCAUGGGUGUCAAUGAUGUGCUCGUGCU